CCAAAAGUAUAUAUUUUGUAGUUAAAAUGGAAGUGGAACCUUUGGUUUCCAUUGUGCUUCCAGUUAAGAAACCAUGUGGCGAAUUUCAUCCGCCACCCAACUACCAGAAGCUGAUGGUGGACAAUCUGACCAUCAUGCGGCCACCUAUCCUGAAGAUCUACUACUGGGAAAGCUUUGACAUAGCGGGUUUAAAUCGAAAACUGCGCUCGAACCGUGUGGAACACGAACACACAUUCUCGAUUCCCAUCCGCCAGAUCCACAGUCAACCACUGAAAAUGGUCUUCUGGCUGCGUAACUUAUCGUCCAAGGACACCACGCUAACCUUGAAGCGGAUCCAGAACUGCCAAUGCCAGCCGCUAAAGACACAAGUCGGAUUCAACCAGUUCCGCCAGCUUUUCCACUGCCCACACCGCAGACUGAUUCAAGUUAACCAAGAGGUCCUGGCCAUCAAACCAGACGAGGUAGUGGCCCUGACUGUCACGGCCUAUUUUUUCCUUUACGGCAACCACUUGCUUACCUAUGAAGUAAACACCGAAGACAAACGCAAAUUCCUUUGGACUUUUCAUCUGGAAAUCUCCUCCUUCGACCUCGAAAAGUGUCUUCUCACGAAGGAGCUGCUGCCAGUGAACAUAAAAAAUUAUUACCACAUAACACAGCCGAUAUGGGUGCAAAAUAUCACAAUGUCGCACUUGUCUUUCUCGUUCGCUUCCAGGGAUCGGGGUCUCAAGCUGCUCAACAUGAAUCUAACAGUUCCGCGACAGAGUGUUUGGCCCCUUCUGGUGGACUAUCGACCACUGGACUACGAAAAUGAGGCAGAAGUUGUCAUGACCUACGAAAAUACCAAGGCUCGCUAUAAGGUCAAGGCUAAAGGUGUGCUAGCAGACGAAAAGGAACAGACGGACAUGCCCUUGAAGGACCGCGAAUGUGCUGACUUUCUGAACGUGAUUUAUCCCAACAGAUUGAGUUUCGAGGUCUGCCUUCGGGAAGAUCGGACGCAGCUCGUCAAUGUCCACAACUACGGACAGAAGUGCAUGGAGUUUCGCUGGCAGAGCUACAUAAUCAACGAAUUCUUUUCGGUGGUGUUCAACCCACCCAUUUUCCGCCUGAAAGGACACCACUCGAAGCUGUGCGAGAUCAAGGUGACAGUGUUCGACCGACUGGUGAACUUCCGGCGCAUACCUAUUGUGUUGGAGGUGCACCGCAUCCUCGACCGUGCCACCCUUAUCGCUAAGCAGGAACUGGAGGAGAUCGAGUCUAUCGAUGACCCGAAAUGGAAGGAGGAUAGCUACUUGGAGCACGUUUAUCUUCACCUUAACAUCCGCACUACCAUCAAGCCGGCCUUGGACACUGCCGAAGAGUUGGAACCCGGUGAUAAAAUUGAUCCCACGGCUGGACCUGAACCCUGUGCGCAAUAUGGUCCCGGAGAAGGCAGCAGAAUAGGAUCAGGAGACGGGCCCUCGCAACCUCCUCCGCUAACCGAAGAGCAGCGGAAGGAGGCUGAGAGGAGGGAACUGAUUAACCGACUGGUGGCCAAGAACAAGCUCAACUCCAAUGAGGUCAUCGAGCUCAGCAUGGCUAUUGACCAGCGGAUCACAAUUUUCGAGAAGCUCUUCUGGAAGUAUCUCAGCAAGUCGAAGUUCAUGCGCAUCACCUCGGAUCGCAAGCGUUCCAAAGUGGCAAAGACCUACGAGGAAGUGGUAGCGCCAAGUGAGCCUGAGCCUCCGGAGAAACCCAUGGAAAUUGAUCGAAACCACAUUAUGGACAUAUUAUCUCGCCUUAUGCAGGAGGCCAUCAACGAUUUGGCCAAGAACUGGGUCUUUAUUCCGUCUCAGUAUUACGAACGCAACCAUUAACUGUUCCCACCGUUAACUAAAUGCAUUGUACCACA